AAUGAAAAUAAUUAAAUCUCUGGAAAAUUUAUAUUAAAUAAAAGAAUUUAAAGAAAUAUUUGGUUAUUUGAGAUAGAAAUUGGAAAUAUUUUAAGCUUAAACCAGAAUUUGUAGUAAGAUUCUUAGAUUGCCGAAUGAUAUGCAUAAAAAUAAGAUAUUUAAUAAAGGCAAAUGAGGAGACAACGGGAUUGUA